AUGGAUGAUAUUAACUUGGAUUUUUUAAAAACACCCCCUAAGCAAAGUCAGCCAGUUGCACGGACUCCAAGUCCAUUUGUUUACAAUGGACUUGAUGUCAGAUUUGGCAAAAAGAAACUUGGCUCCAGGAAAUUUGAAAUGGCCCAAUCUAUAGCUAAAGUGGAUGAGUUGGUGCAGGAAAUUGAUAAAAUUAGAAGCCAAAAUAAUGAAUUACAACUACGGCUAAAAGAUUUCCAGAAAACAGCACAACAAGUACAAGAUCUCUACAGCAAAGAAAAGCGCGAACAUACAAUAGCAAAACAAUACUUGGAGAAAUUACAAACAGAAUAUAAGAAAAUCGAUGUGGAUUUGACAAAUAAGACUAUGGUUAAUGACCAAAUAAAGGCACGUUUGGCAGAGUACGAAGGGAGACCUAUAAAUUUUAAUAACUUGGUGGUAAAGUAUGUAAAAAUUAUGAAUAAAUUAGAAGGCGAAGACAUACUAAAAUAUUCAUCUGAUAAAGAUUUAGUCGAAAGGCUAAGAGAAUAUUGUGCGGCCACGAAACUUAAAAUUCCACCUGUUAAUAGCCCAAGAAAACAUAAAACAAGGGGACAUAAAGUUAAAACUCAGGAAUCGUUUGUGCAGUGUAAUCUAUUAGAAGAUAUUUCAUCUCUACAAAAAGAGACUUGCGUAUCUAGUACUAAGAAACCUAAAAUGCAAGAUCAAAAUAUACAAUGUUCUCUACAAAAUCAGGAUUGGCUAUCUAGUACUAAGAAAGAAUGCUUAAUUUGUACUAAAAAACCUAAAAUGCAUGAUCAGAAUACACAAUGUUCUUCAACAACAAAACGUGACCAGGCCUCUCAGUAUAUUAGUACAAUGAUUACCCGGCAAACAAAUACCGAAAAGAUUAUACAAAAACAUGUACAAACCAUGUUUCCUGAACCACAAAAAAUGCCCGCAAUUGAUGAUAUAUUAAAUGUCUAUUCAAGAUGGUCUAAUAUAAGAUCUGUAUCACCACUGCUAGAGUCUCCCUCACGUAUACGGAAAGAUAUUUCGACCAAGACAACAUCUACAGGCACCUGCACAAUGUUGUGUAAUAUAAGGCGAAAAAUUGAUUAUCUACCACCAAAUAGUUCGUCCAACAUAAAACAAGAAAUAGUUACACCUUCUGCCUCACCUACACCAACUUCAAAUCCUAUAUUAACGAAUAGAGCCAGAGUGUCUUCACACUCUAAUAACGUUUCCAAUAGCAACAUAAAUCCUAGCCAAUUCAGUAGCUCAAUAUUAAAUAUAUUCAAUGCUAACACAAAUUCAGCUCUUGGUCAAUUGUCAUCUAAUGCUUUUAAUGAACUAUGGCAAAUAUUUGGUAAAAUGCUAUUGAGUUUAUUACAAUCAAGCAAUGCUGGCAUUGCACAAUCAAAUCAAAAUUCGGGCAUAAAUCAACAACAGUUUCUCGAUUGGUUGCUAGAGCUGUAUAUGAGUUCUCAGCCACAAAAUACAGCCUCAACACAAACACAAACUUUGGAACAAAUGGAUUCUACUGGCUCUAGGAGUCCCAUAUGUUUUAACGAAUCUUCGAUGUUGUCAACGAACGUUGUGAGACCUGAAGCUCAAAAGACCUUGCCCGCAAGAACAAAUACCGAAGAGGAUGAAACUGGUGAUUUGUUAAGAGCUGAAUCCUCAAUUGAUAAUAACACACAUCGUAUUUAUCAACGAAGCGUAGCAAUUAGUCCAAUACCUACCUCCUGCACAUCCAAUUUCCCAUUAGAAAUCUAUUCACAGGAUUCAAAUUCUAUGGACAGAGAAGUGCAACAAAUACAGAUUGCCUCAAACAUAACUGAACUACAGACUAGAUGUAUGAAUGAGUCAACCCUAAAUGAGCUACAACCAGAAAAUACUUUAAAAGAGGAUACAAAGGCAUCAAACAAACGGAAAAGUAAACACAAACUGCUAGAUCAAAUACAAGAACUUAUACCGGAAGUUAAUUUAAACAAAAAGAAACGAAAGGCUUUGAAAAGACUACUAAAAAAUAACAAUCCUCACAAAAAUUCGUAUGAAACAAGAAAAACGCAACAGCUAAAUGAUUUUAAAAACAACUCAUCAAUUGUUUUGCUACCAAAUGAAACUGACAAUGAUGAGACCAUUGAAAAUGCUGUUGAUUUUCUAAAAACGUUUGCUGUUACACAGGAGGAAAAUUUUUCAGAAACUGAGAAAAUUUUCUUAGAACAAAGUUCAAUUGAAAUGGUUGACGAACGAAUUAUAGAAAAUAAAAACGUUUAUAAAAGCGAUGAUGAGUUUACAUUUAUAAAACCUAGUGGUAUACCCCGUACAAAACAUGCUUCAGCUACUAGCAAGGACGUUUUUCUAAAGCCCACAACAAAGUCCACCACAAAGCGUAAACAAUCCAAAACUUCCAAAACAAAACAAAUUGAAAACAAAUACCAGUUACUCUUUGGUGAUUCGGAUAGUGAAUUUGAAGAACAAGAAAUGGAAAUGGAAAAUUCAAAAUCUGUGAUAAAGACUCAACUAAAUUUAAGUGAGGGCAAUAACAAUUGUAAUAAUAUAAAUGAAAGUACAAAUCUAGGAAUUGUAAAUACUACAAAUUUUAAACAAAACAAGUACUCAGAAGAUACUAAUUCAAAUGAGGGAAAUAGUUGGAAUCAAACAUGUCAUCUAACCAUAAGAGAUCCUCUUCAAAAUGAAUUGUCAUUACCCAUUAUACCAACACCAGUUUUCGAAAAUUGUUGCGAUAGUGAUUAUAGCUACGAUCGAUUUUCAAUACCAGACUUACCAACACCGUUAUUAAAGAGACUAGAAUGUACACACCUUCCCGAUAUGGAACAAUUCGAAGAAACCAAAGAUUUUAAUUAUCUUCAGUCUGCUGCAGAUUCAAACAAUUAUGUAGAUUCAAAUAUUGAAGUAUGUGAAAAUAAUAUCGAAAAUGAUUUGGAAUUAUCUUCAGAUGAUAGCUGUUGUCAUGGAGAUGUUAAUGAAUUUAAUGACACACUUCCAAAGACUGAUUCCAAUAAACAAAUUGAAGUUCCCACUAUCAGUCAAAAUAACACAAAUAAUUUUAAUAAAAAUCCUUCUGGCUGUCUCCUCGAACAAACACAAGUUAUUGGAACCCAAACUAAUGAGGAAUUUUGCACAAACACAAUAGCCAAAUUAAAGGAAACUUUUAUAACAGCCAAACACUUAGUCAGUAAGAUUGAGUUAAACGUAGAAAAAUGUAUUAAAACCCUGCCAAAUUUAAAUGACUAUGAUGAUGAAGAAAAUUGCUCCAACGAUAGUAUAGAUCGUGCAGAAUUUUGCACAGAACACACCUAUCCAAGUGAUUUUGAAAAAGAUUUGGAACUAUCAUCAGACAAUGAAAGUGUAAUAAGCCAAUGUGAUCAAAUAAAUACACAAACAAUUGAGGAAACAGAAGAAAAAGAUUAUGAAUUUCCCAAUAGUUUCAAAACUUGUACAUCCAAUUCUAUAAUUGAAUCUAGAGAAGACAUCAAUUCUUUUGCAACCGACAAUGAAGAAAGAAGUAAAAAUGUAGCUGAAACAAAAGACAAUCUGUUAGAAAAAGAUAUAAAUUCGUGUUCAAAUGAAUCAAACAUUAUUAAUUUACAACAAAGAACAGAUAACAACUUUGAAGCUAUUACAAAACUGUCCGUGGAGGUAAAAAACUCUAGUACCACCAAAACCAUACCCAGUAAUUUAGAACAAUCACACUCUAGCAAAAAUAAAACAGCAAAUGAGGAAAAUUCACUAUGUUGGUCUAUAAUUACAGUAUCUGAAUCAUCAAUAAACGAUGAAACGUUAAACAAUGAAGAAAUAACUAAAACACUUGAAACGAAAAGCAAUAAUGAAGUUGAUACCAAGACAAAUGGCUUAAGCUGUCUAAAAUUGUUAGAUUUAAAUAGCAUUCAUAGGCAUCUAAAAGAAUCUAGCAAUGUAAUGACAAAUACAACAACAAUUAAUACAAAACCAAACAGUUCCAACGUAAAACAAGUUAGAAAAUCUGAAAAUGAAAUGAAUUUAUUUUGUAGUCCUGCCAAUAAAGAUAUAAAAUAUCAUAAUAUUUCUGUACAAAAUAAUGCAUUAAGAAAAGAAAAUGAUGCAAACCUUCCUUGCAGCUCCAUUAAAGCAGAUUUGAAAACAAAUGGCAAUCGUGAUGAUAAUGAAGUAAUAAAUAUCAGUGAAGAUUAUUCAAGCAUGGAAGAAGAAUGUGGUUUAAAAAGUAAAGAGGUAAAUCUUAUUACAGGCUUUGAAAAUGAUUUAAUAAUCAAUAAAACGUAUACAAAUUUGACCGAAACUGAAAUGAAUUGUAAUUUGGAAACACCAGUGCUCAAACAAGAUCUCUAUUUAUCCAUUGAAAACGAUGAAUCUAUAUUAAAUAAAGAUCUUAUUUCAGACAAGCCUAUUGAUACUGAAGAUGAAACUGAUUUUAAUGAUAGUUUAUCUCUGGACAAUGAAUUAUUGAUCGAUGAAGAACCAAACUACACGAGUGCAAAAGAAUCGGAAACUGAAGAUCUAAACUCUACUAAACAAUCAGAAAUCAGUUGUGAAAGUUGUGAUGACACUAUAAAUUCAUCUAACAUAUCGUGUUUAUUAAAUAGUACUCUCUAUAAUGAAGUUCUAACCGAAUCUUUGAAUCCUAUAGUUGAUGACUUACUUAAGAAUGAUAUGUUGAAAAAAUCAUUGACCACAGAAGAAAACAAACCCAAAAGAGGAAGGAAGCGUAAAAGUGAAUGUUUAGCCGAAGUGGUGCUACCUUGUAAACGUUCACAACGUCUAAAGGCUAAACAAAUAAUACUGGAAGAAAGCAUAAAUCUGAGUAAAACACCCAUAAAACUUGGUAAAUAUACAAAAAUUCGCAAAAAUUUAAAUAAUAUACAAUUAAAUUCACCCUGUAACGAAAAUAUAAAAGACUCAAAUUUAAAAAUGAAAUGCGAAAUAGCAGAAAAUAAUGAAACGUUAGGAAAUGAAGCGCCAUUACAAAUGGGAUUCUUUAGAGAGAGAUUAACAAAAGACCUAAAAGAAGUUGAACCCAACAAUCAUCAACAAAGUACGAUUGCUAAAACUAAUCAAUCUGGAUAUAAGUCAGAGGUCAUUUCUAAUAACAUUCUUAACGAUGCCAAAAUUCUCGAUGAUAUUAAUGAAUUAAGUUUGAAAAACCAAACAACUCCUGAAUUUAUAGUAGCAGAUAAUCCCUCCAAUAAUUCUAUUAGCAAUAAACCUACAGAUUAUUUUGUUUAUACCGAUUCUCCACAAUCUCCGCCACCUUUAGAAACUCAUCAGGAAUUUUUAAAUGAAACCUUUAUAGUCAUACCACAAGAACGUCUGCCAAAGUUCGUGCCACAACAAUACAAUGUAACACUAUUUGAUGCUUUAAUAACAAACUAUAGAACCGAAAACCAAAAACACGUCUUAGAAUCAAUCACCACCAAAGAGCGCCAGCACCAAGAAAACAUUUUAAAUCAAUAUGACAAACAACUUAAAUCGUUUUGUUACAGCGAAAUGGAAUUGGAUCCUAAUUGUACAUCUAUACAGCUUAUUAACCAGCUUUUAAGUAUUUCCCCCGACUAUAGUCUCAUACAGAAAGCCUUAAUAACUGUAGCUCAAAAAGCCGAAGGAACAAAUGUGAACGAAAACGAUCUACCCUCGAUUAUACAAGAAAUGCCACCACGACAUUUGUCGAAAUGUUUGCAGCGCUUAUUUGCGGUCUUAAGAAAUUUUAUUACAAGAAAUUCCAAUUUUUGCCUAGAUUUAAUCGACAAAAUAGAAUUAUUACUCUUCAAUUGGAAACAGACGGAAAAUUUAUCCCUGCAAGCCACACUAAAUGUAACCCAACUCUACCUAAUGGCCUGUAAAGUGCAAGAAUAUGUACAAUUGCCUAAACAUCCUGCUCGACUUUUUAUAGCCAAAUGCCUGUAUUUUUAUUUGCAAAAAUCCACAUUAAUGAUACAUGAGGUACUCAUGUGGUAUCCCACUGUAUUGCCGCAUCGUGAAGAUAAAACAUAUGAUCGUUCGGAUGCCUUAAUAAGCGUUCUACAACAUAUUCUAAUGACCACUAAAUAUGAAAUGGAAAAACCCGAUUUACGUGGUAAAACACUACUCUCCAAGCUGCGCUAUGAAUAUCAUUUUGAACCCUUCAAACCCGCUCUAGAUGAAGUCAUCAAUGUUUUAGUGGAGAAAUUAAAAAAUUCCAAGUUUUACAAUAUAUCCCUGGCCUAUGGUUUAUUGUGCAAACGUUUAGGAGUGCCAAGAACGCAACAUAUUGUCCUAAUACAGCAUUUGCUGCCACUCGCCAAUGAAUACUAUAAUUUGGCUUUAACAACUGAGGACUAUGAUAAACGUAUAGCAGUAUUAUUGGAAAUUAUAUCCAUGAUUGUAAAACCAUUUCCAAUUGAAACCGAUACAAAACUCUAUUUCAAUGAAUUUGCACGUUUUCUAAAUGCUUUUGAUCGUCAGCUUAUUCAAGAAGCCGCCUUGUGUUCCAUACUACGUUUGCAACGUUUCAAUAUGGAAUAUUGUUUUAAACUGCUGCGUCACUUUCAACCCACCUACGAUUUGAAUCCUCACACUCAGGCAAUGUUAAAGACGUUUUUACAUCGACGUCCUUUAACAUAUUGGAAGAAUUUGAAGUCACAAAAUCCUACAAAUUUAAUUUAGUUAUUAUACAUAGUAAGUGUUAAUAAGUAAUUUAAUAAUAUUCUUUUAAGUCUGUUUUAUUAACAUAAGUAAUUUUUAAGAAAAUAAAUAAAUAAAUGCAAUAUUUGCUAUUUAUAAAGAAUUUUUAAAAUAGUAGAUUAGUUUACAAAACAAUUAUAAA